GGUUGACUAAGUUUGUAAAAUUCAAGAUUAGAGUAGUAUAUAACGAGGUAUUAUACACUUAGUUAAGCUAAACUCCAAAAUCCAAAUUAAAACAGUCAUUAACACCAAGUGAUUAAGAUGUUAAAGAUUGUAAAUUGUAAGAUGGCUAAUCCUAAAUUUCUUUCCCCACCUUUUCACUCAAAACAUUCUUCAAUUUCACACCUUAUUUUUCACAGACAUGAUGUCAGUAUUUCACCAACUAAUAAUCAGUCAAACUCAAAAAACUUUUCUUUAAAGACCAAAACUUUUGAACCAAAAACGAGACUAUUACACUGUGUUAAAAGUAACACACUCAUAAACUCUAUUAAUUGUGUGGCUGUUAGGGAGAAGGAAGUAUCUCCAAAUAGUGGUAAAAUGGCUGUUGAAGGAACUGUUAUCUUGAAGAAGAUUAAGAGUUGUAGUAGUUUCAUGUGCUCUGUCUUUCCUCUUCAAGAUCCUUUGAUUAACAAGGUUUCUCUUCAGCUUGUUAGUGCUGUUCAUUCUGAUCCAGAUAGCAAGGGAAAGGCAGGGAAAGUCGGAAAACGAGCAUAUUUGGAAAAGUUAGUCAAUGAUACAAUUGAUUUAGCUGAUGAUGAGUCUGCAUAUAGAGUGUAUUUUGAUUGGGAUGAUGAGAUUUCUGUUCCUGGAGCAAUUUUAAUAAGAAAUGAGCAUAAUACUGAAUUUUUCCUCAAAAGCAUAAACUUGAAGGAUAUCCCAGAUCAUGGAAAUGUUCACUUUCUUUGUAGCUCUUGGGUUUAUCCACUUAAAUACUAUGAGAAAGAUCGCAUAUUUUUUUCUAACAAGACGUACCUCCCUGAUCAAACUCCUGUAUCACUACUGAAAUAUCGAGAGGACGAGUUAGACAUUUUAAGAGGAAAAGGAAAAGAAAACGUAGAGCUUAAAGCUUGGGAUCGUGUCUAUGAUUAUGCGGUCUACAAUGAUCUUAGUAAUCCAAAUAAAGGUCCAGAAUAUAUGCGUCCAAUAUAUGGAGGGGCCGAAUCUCCUUAUCCACGCAGAACACGAACUAGUCGCAAGCUAAUCGAGCCAGAUCGUAUUAUGGAAAGUCGAUUGUCAAUAUUCAAGGCAAAAAACGUGUAUGUACCAAGAGACGAGAAAUUUAGUCAUCUGAAGUUGUCGGAUUUUUUGGGUGAUACAUUCAAGUCUUUGAUUCAAGGUAUUGUUGGUUUGAUGGAUGCUUAUUGUGAUACAACUCCAAAAAUGUUCAAAGAUCUUGAAGAAGUGCUGGAGCUGUACGAGGGCGCAAUCAAGCUUCCGCGAGCUGCAUCAUUCAGGAAAAACAUCCCAACCAAGUUUCUGAAAGCCCUCUUUAGAAGUGAUGGUGGAUACUUCCUGAAUUACCCAAUACCUGAUAUAAUCAAGGUUGACAAGUCUGCAUGGAAGACUGAUGAAGAAUUUACAAGGCAGAUGCUAGCUGGUAUACAUCCUCUUAUCAUUCGCCGUUUGGAGGAGUUUCCGCCAGUAAGUAAGCUAGAUCGGACAAUAUAUGGAAACCAGAACAGUACAAUUACGAAGGAGUGCAUAGAAGGAGAUCUAGAUGGUUUAACUGUGGAAGAGGCAAUCAAAAGUAAUAAGCUAUUCAUAUUGGAUCACCAUGACACGGUUAUGCCAUUUGUGAGGAGAAUCAAUCUCGAAACUCCUUCUAAGGUUUACGCCACCAGGACACUUCUCUUCUUAAAAGAAGACGGAACUUUAAAGCCGUUGAUAAUUGAGUUAAGUUUACCACAUCCAGAAGGCGAUAAAUUUGGCGCUGUUAGCAAAGUAUACAAACCAUCUAAAAAUGGCAUUGAGGCCGGUUUAUGGAUGUUGGCUAAAACCUACGUAACAAUCACCGAUUCUGGUUACCACCAACUUAUUAGUCACUGGCUACACACUCACGCAGUGAUGGAACCAUUUGUAAUUGCUUCGAAUAGACAGUUGAGUGCGCUCCAUCCGAUUUACAAACUUCUGCAUCCUCACUUCCGGGACACAAUGCCUGUUAAUGUUGUAGCGCGCCAGAUUGCUUUGAAUGCUAAGGGUUUGUUUGAGGCAGCAGUCUAUCCCCAACAGUAUGUAGGGCCAUGGACAUCUGCACUGUACAAGGACUGGGUGUUUACUGAGCAAGCCCUUCCUAGAGAUCUUAUCAAGAGAGGAAUGGCAGUCAAGGAUUCAGAAAGCCCGAAUGGAUACAAGCUAAUAAUCGAGGACUACCCAUAUGCUGUUGAUGGGCUAGAAAUUUGGGCUGCUAUCGAGGAUUGGGUGAAAGAGUAUUGUUCGUUUUACUACAAAUCCGAUGACAUGAUUGCAAGCGAUCAUGAACUACAAAAGUGGUGGAAAGAAAUCCGGGAAGUAGGUCAUGGUGACAAGAAGAACGAGACGUGGUGGCCCGAAAUGAAGACCUUUGAAGAGCUUACAGAAACUUGCACAACCCUUAUUUGGGUGGCUUCUGCUCUUCAUGCAGUAGUCAAUUUCGGGCAAUAUCCUUACUCAGGAUAUAUGCCUAAUCGGCCUACUAUCAGUCGUCAGCUGAUGCCAGAGCCAAAUUCAGACGAUUAUAAAAAACUCGAGAAAGAUCCAGACCAUGUAUUCUUGAAGACAGUAACUAGCCAACUUCGGACACUAGUCUGCCUUUCGGUUAUAGAGCUCAUUUCGAGACAUUCUGAAGAUGAGGUUUAUCUCGGACAAAGAGAGCCUGGUUGGACGUGUGACACUCAACCGUUGGAAGCAUUAAAGAAAUUCAAUGCACAACUAGAGAAGAUUGAAAAGAAGAUUCUAGAAAGAAACAAUGACCCGAAACUUAAAAAUCGAGUUGGUCCUGCUAUGUUGCCGUUUACAUUACUAUGCCCUUCAAGUGGCGUAGGGAUCACAGGCAGGGGAAUUCCAAACAGUGUGUCUAUUUGAAGCUUUUAUUCAAGUAUUUUUUGCACGUUUUGUUAGAGUAUAUAACAUAUUUCUGGGCCUAAACCAUAAGUUUAAGCUAAAGGUUGAGGCCCCGGUAUAUAUUAUAUACUCUAACAUGUUCAAAAAUAAGUUGGAAUUUAUUGGAUUAUCAUAGGUCGAUUUUGCAUAAUUAUCGUAAAAUAAGAUUGUUUGGAAUAAUUAAGGAGCCAAAAUUGUGAUUAAGGUCACAAGAGAGAUAAGGUUGUGUAGAAAACAGAUACAUAUAUAAGUGUAACAGUACAUGAAAAGUUUAGACAUGAGUAAAUGUUUCUUGUAAGGUGCAUUUGUAGAUGAUAUUGUAAGAAAAUAAUGGUUUUUUGUGCUUGGGAAUUACUUUAAUGUGCAAAUUCAAUUGAUGUAUGAGAGAAAUUUGUGAUAAAUAGAAAUUUGUGAUUGUU